AUGGCGAUUCACACGCCAUGGAUUUUCUUUGCGGUUAUUGGUGUGCCGCUCUUCAUGGUGUAUACAAAAGCGAAACGCAUGGACGCAAAGGAAACGCAUGAGAUUCAAAUGCGUGUGAAGUACCGCGCUGAGUUUUGGAGAAAAGGCAAUGAAUUUGUUCGGCUCCAUGCCAACAAUGUACAGAAGCAACUGAUAGAUACCGCAGAUAAGAUGAUUGGAGUGGAAGUCCCACGGUCCUCUUUAGCUGCAUCGGAGAAUGAUGUGAAGCCAUGGUGGCGUGUGUGGGCAGUAAACCAGCAAUAA